GGAGAACAUAGAGAACCUGGACUCUAUUUCCUCGCCGACUGAAGACGUGUCCGAGGGAGCAGAUGAGCUGCAGGAUGCUGCUGCUGCUCUUCAUCCCGCUGCUCUUCAUCCUCCCCUCCUGUGUCUGCGGACCCUUCGUAGUGAACGUGACACAGAGCUCCUAUCAGGCAGAGGAGAACCACAGCGUCACACUGGAAUGGACCUUCACCACCAACACUGAGCGCCCCUCUGACUCCCCGGAUGUCCUCUGUGUACUGGUAACUGAUAUCAGGCCCUUUGCCUUGUUGAAUGUACUUAAAGGAGUCCAGAUCCCAGAGUAUCAGGAUGAACACUUUGCAGGACGAGUCCAGUGGGACCAAGACCUCCUCAGAGGAGGACGAGUCAGACUUCAUGUGUCCAGACUCAGGACUUCUGACUCGGGUCGGUACUUAUGUGACGUGCUCACAAGUUAUGGGAUGAACUCUGGGACGUGUCGGCUCAAUGUCUCUGCAGUGAGGGAUCGACCCGAACCCGAGACAAACGGACCAGAUGGGGGAAGAGAUUCCUCAGGGACAGAAAGUCGCCCACAGCCAGAGAGUCUGGGAUGGAUCGUCCUCUACUGGGUACUGACGGCAGUUCUUCUGGUUCUUCUGGUUCUUCUGUUUCUUCUCCUCAGUGGACUGAUAAGAAGUCCAACUCAUAAGAGAGGAGUCCUCUGUGCAGCCAUCAAGGACCUGAAGUUCCUAAAGAGAGAACCCAAGAGGACUGACAGGCCUCUGCCUGAAGGACCCCCUUUAGAACCAGUCCUCAGUGAAGAGGGACUCCCUUCAAGAUCCUCAGUCAGAGAUGUUUCAGUGAGGGAGAAGUUUUAA